GUUGCACAACGUUUGACGUCAUUUUAGCGGCAAUUGUUGUUACUGCUUCCGGAAACAUGCAGAAAACAAAUCCAUAUUUACCCCUUGCUGGCUUUGCUGCUACAGUUUCCAUUCUUGCCUUUCUAUAUUAUGAAAAGAGAAGAAAACUAGACCAGGUCAUGGGAGAUGAUGUAGACGAAUGUAGUGAAUGUACAGAUGAGGACAAUGUUCAUGAAACGGACGAUCUGCUUGACAACGACGAAAAAUCAGCAGGUACAGAAAAUCAGAACGAAGUUGUUACCAGCUCUUCUUUGACUGGUUACAGCAGUUUUGAUGAUGAUGAUCUGGAAAUGCAAUCAUGUCGAGCCACGAACAGCAGCACGAGUGCGUACAGUACUGCAUCAGACGAUAAUGGUCCAUUUCCAGUAGGCGAGUUUUCUACAUAUAAACAAAAUGGAGUAGAUAUUGAUUUAAAAAAUCUUGACUUGCAUGAAAUCCUUAAUUCACCAGUCGUAGAGGAUCAUUGUAAAGACGAAAGAAUGAACAGAUCGCCGACCCGUCAUGGUGCUGAAUUUUCGCAAUAUUACAACAGCACUGACACAAACAUUCCUGUUGAUGUGGAAUCUACCAAAGUAAAUACUAUAGUAGCGGCAUACAAUGAUAUAGUACCACCACUGAGACCAAACACAGGGAGGAUAAUACACUCGCCUAAAGUAUCCGAUGUGCGAUAGAGUUAUCCAUUCAUAUAAAUCGGAGAAAUCGGUGAUACAUAAAAUAAAGCGGUAUUUAGAUAUAAAAAUGCAUAUUUGAGAAUAUAAACGCUAAAACAAAAACAAUAUACACGUAAAAGGAAUAGCUCUACGGUUUUAACACUCAUAUUUUAAUAAACUUUGAAAGCUCUUCGGUUUGGCUAAGAACGCUGAGUGUGAAAAGAGUCGAUUAUGGUAAAUAUUUCAAUAUUAUUAAAAUGUGUAUGUGUUGA